GAAAGCGAGCGAGCGAGCCAGGAGUGAAUGUUUACCAUUCACUCUGGAAUCUAUCAGGAGUCGAAACUUUAGUCAGGUUUUGCUGUAUUAAUUUUACCCGGAAAGCUCUUUCAAACUGCAAGCGCUCAAAAUAAUCAUCAGAAGGGAUAUAUCAGCGGGUUGACCGACUGAAUGAAACCAUGAGGAAUAAAAAACACGGCGGUUGUCGCGAUCUAAACUAAACGUGACUAUAGAUCCCGCAGAGCCAAGGUUUUGAAAACGCCGAGCCAGGUACUUUGGCGCAGAUUUCCAACGGUCGGUUUUGCCUGCGGGUUUACCUGUGCUUACGUGGCACGUUUUCGACCUGGAGACUUAUUGUCAAAAAUCCCGUUUUUAGGUUUUUUUAUCCACUUGUAUCGUGGCGAUGCGAUGUAUUUUCGGAGGUUUAAUAAGUUGCGUGGCCGGGACUAGUUUACUUGCGCCGGGCAGCCAAUCAGCGGAACAACACUCACUAUUUUUGCGUUAAUUUAUCCUCUUUUGCCUUUUUCACACGAUAGCCUUUAAAAACAGCCUCGUACCGCACCCUUCAGAUAUUGACAGCGGGUUUCGAGGAUAGCUUUCACAAGGAGGAUAAGUGUCACCGCUGCGCGUGUGUUUUUGGGCUGGUAAAAUGGAUGCGGGAAUGGAGAAGGAGUGCAGCGCUUUGGGAGGGCUCUUCCAAAUCAUCAUGAACGACAUGAAGGCGAGUUAUCCUGCCUGGGAGGACUUUGUCACCAAAGGGGCUAAGCUACAAUCUCAGUUAAGGACAACAAUCAUCGUCACUAGCUCAUUCCUGGAUGCUUUCCAGAAAGUGGCAGACAUUGCAACUGGAACACGAGGAGCGACGAAAGAGAUCGGAUCGGCUUUGACCAGGAUGUGUAUGAGACACAGAAGCAUUGAGAACAAGCUCAAACUAUUCACCACGGCUCUCAUGGAUAACUUGAUCACUCCUCUGGAACUGAAAAUUGAAGAGUGGAAGAAGGUUGCCAGUCAGCUGGAUAAAGACCACGCCAAAGAAUAUAAGAAAGCACGUGCAGAGAUCAAGAAGAAAUCUUCAGAUACGAUUAAACUGCAGAAGAAAGUUAAAAAAGGUAAAGGUGAGGUGCGGAUGCAGCUGGACAGCGCUCUUCAGGACGUCAACACACGCUACGCAGUUUUAGAGGAGACUGAGAAGAGAGCCGUGUGUCGAGCACUUAUCGAGGAAAGAGGAAGAUUCUGCUCAUUCGUCACAAUGCUCAAACCUUUCCUGGACGAAGAGAUAAGCAUGCUUGGUGAAGUCACCCACUUACAGACAAUUCUAGAAGAUCUCGGCAAUCUGACGGCUGAUCCCAACACACUGCCUCCUGCUAGUGAACAGGUUAUUCUUGAUCUGAAAGGCUCAGACUACAGCUACUCAUAUCAGACUCCACCCGCGUCUCCUAGCAACACGUUAUCACGCAAGAGCAGCAUCAGCAGUAACUACACCUCUGUGCGUCAUGUCCCAUCUCUGGACUCCAUCUCCAGUGCAGUGGAUGGGCUUCAUCUGCGAGCACCAGACACAACACAGCGCUCAUGCAGUCCUCUCCUCCUGGUUGGAGGGGAGGAAGGCACUCGCUCUCUCAGUGAGGGGAAUUCUCCCACAAUCUAUCGCACGGGCCACCAACACCUUCGGCACAGGAGCACUGAAAAAGGUCAGAACUCUCCAGGCACAGAGAACGGGACCUCCAUGCCCCCACUGCACAAAGUUUACAGCAGGCAUGAGGAGAGAGCCAGGACACUCUCCACCUCAGGCAAGCCACAGUCAGCCAGGGAGCAGCUGGCUCUUACUCUUGGAGGCGGGCUUAAUUCCGAAGCUCCUCGGACCAGCCGAGAUUCCCUGCACUGCUCCAGCGGAUACAGCACCCAGACGACAACGCCAUCCUGCUCAGAAGACACCAUUCCCUCGCAGCAUGCGGUAAAGAAAGAACCUCCUCUAUAUGACUAUGACUACAUCUCCCUGCAUGGAGGAGAGGACGCCCACAGCCAGUCUGAAUUUGAUAAAUCUUCCACAAUUCCUCGCAACAGCGACUUGAGCCUCAAUUACCGCAAAAUGUUUCAAAGCAAGAGGCCGGCAUCUACCGUCAGUCUGCUGAUGGAUCCGGAGCCUAUAGGACCCCACACGGCCACCAUCCGCCGUAAACCCUCCAGCAAGCCCAACAUCCGCCGUGGGACCAUCAGUGGAGGAGUGCCUAUCCCCAUCUCCACACCACAGGUGCCGCUGAAGGCAUCCGUUUCUACCGCCGGCCUGAGCAGUGAGGAGACCAUGUGCCCUCCUGGAGGAACGCAGAGUAACAGGGUUCCUGGCUCUGAUCUGGUUCACACCAGACAUAGUCUCUGUACGUCCACUCAGAGUCUGAGUGCAGGGCCGCCUCCAUACUAUUCCAUGUUUCCUGGGCAGCCACCAGUGGGCGGCACAGAGCUGCUGUAUCAACUGAGCAAGCAACAGCAGUAUGCACUGCACCAACAGCAGCAGAGGCGAUAUCAUCAUCAUCAACAACAACAGCUGCAACAACAAUAUAAUCAACAACAGUACAAUCACCAACAGCAAUAUAACCAACCGCAGGAGCCGCAAUAUCAACAGAUACAUCAAAAAGAGCUCCAGCAGAAACAUCAAAAUCAGCAGCAGAUUCAAAACAUGGCAGCUCACAAUUCUAGCAUGCCCACUGAAAGCGUGCAGAUCAAUUCCGCCCAGCCUGGCGUGGAUCAUGUCGACGGCGUUCCUGAUCCAGGCAGCGGAGGUGACAUGUUGAGUAUGAUCCGGAGAGUCAAACUACGUCGGACACUUACCAACGAUCGUUCGGCGCCUUUAAUCACCCCCAACCAUCUCAACUGAUCUCAGCUUUAUUUUUUCUGUGCUUUGAAUUCAUCUGUGACUUUUUACGGUUGCCUUUUCCGUCUUUUCGUUUAGUGACUUACUUUUUUCAUACCUUUUAAUGUUGCGGUUUGCAUAUUUUUUGUUUUGUUUUUAAGUGGAGGCAAAACAGUUGACUAACGUGCGACUCCUGCCACAAGAAAAGACGUUUGAUUUAACUACACUGUGCUAGAACAACAAACGUUUCGCAGUGUCCGUGCGAAUCUUGCCUGUCAAUAAAUUCAAGUUAAUUCUGCAGGCUGUGUGCUUUACAUAUAUAUGUAUACCUAUAUGCACAGAUAUAUAUGUAUUUAGAGAUCUAGAUUGAGCAUCGGAGCUUAAGAUAUAUUAAAGUUAUUUGUUUAUGUUGUAUUCACAAGGAUAAAGCACUCAGCCUUCUGGUUAGAGAUCAAAAACUUCUGUAUAUAUUAGCGAAUCAAUUGAAAGACUGUUGUAUUAUUAUUCAUUUUG